ACAUUGCCCAGGUAUUGUAGUGGCGUGUGCACCUAUAGGAACCAUGUGCCAGAUGUAUUGCAAGCUUUCCACAGGUGUUUUGUAGAUAAAUAGCCACUUUUAUACGAUAUAUGAGCUCUGCAAACCACCGGCCCACUGUUGACACCUGGAAAUUUUAGAAGCAGCAGCGAUGGGGGACCAGCCUAAGAUCAUGGUGUUCCGCCCCACGUGGGAGGAAUUCAAGGAUUUCAACAAGUACAUAACUUACAUUGAGUCUCAGGGUGCCAACAAAGCAGGGUUGGCCAAGAUUAUCCCGCCCCCAGAAUGGCAGCCCCGCAAGAAAGGCUACAAUCUGGACGACCUGGACAUGACCAUCCCAGCACCCAUCUGCCAGGUGGUGACAGGCAAGCAAGGUCUCUACCAGCAGAUCAACAUCCAGAAGAAGCCUAUGACUGUUAAGGAGUUCUGUGCAUUGGCAAAUAGUGAGAGAUAUCGCACACCUAAGCACUCCUCGUAUGAAGAUCUGGAACGCAAGUACUGGAAGAACAUCACUUAUGUCUCCCCAAUCUAUGGUGCUGAUGUCUCAGGCAGUAUUACAGAUGCUGAUGUGGAGGAGUGGAACAUCAACAAACUUGGGUCAAUUCUGGACUACGUGAAUGAAGACUAUGGCAUCAGCAUUGAUGGGGUGAACACUGCCUACCUGUACUUUGGCAUGUGGAAGACCACCUUUGCCUGGCACACAGAGGAUAUGGACUUAUACAGCAUCAACUACCUACACUUCGGGGCUCCCAAGACCUGGUACAGUAUUCCCCCGGAGCAUGGCAGGAGGCUGGAGAGACUUGCCAAUGGUUUCUUUCCUAACUCCUUCAAGGCCUGUCCUGCAUACCUGCGUCACAAGAUGUCCCUCAUAUCCCCACAGAUUCUCAAGCAGUAUUCCAUCCCAUUUGAUAAGAUCACUCAGGAGCCCGGCCACAUCAUGAUCACCUUCCCUUAUGGCUACCAUGCAGGCUUCAACCAAGGCUUCAAUUGUGCUGAAUCAACCAACUUUGCCAUGCCACGCUGGGUGGAGUAUGGGAAGCGAGCAACACAGUGCCAGUGCCGCACGGACAUGGUGAAGAUAUCCAUGGAUACGUUUGUCAAACGGUUCCAACCUGAGCGAUAUGAAUUGUGGCUGGCAGGGAAGGACAUCGGUCCACAUCCCGAGGACCCCACACGCUCCUCAGCAGCCGCCCAACCUUCUCUCAAUGAUGUUCUCUGUAAUAAGAAAAAUGUAACUCCCUCGCCUCUCAUUGAGCAACUACUCAAGCAGUCCCCCAAGAAGAAGAAGUUGAAGAGACAUCCCAUACAUCAAAACAAGAAUGAAGGGGAGCUCAUCUUUCAUGGUGAGGAGGUGGAUGAGGAGCUGUCACAGGUGCUGGAGGACAUCUACACCAAGGCUGGGGAGUCCUACACUACACUUUCUGACACUCCACCAGGCUCAGGCAAACGCAAGCGUUCCACCUCCACCAGCUCUCAUGUCAAGAAGAAAAGGUUCAGUGCUGACGGCUCAACAGAUGAGGAAGGAGACCAAUUGCAGAGGGAGCUGGGCCAGGCUGUCUCUCACUUGGAGGGCACUCUGGCCAAGGGAGGGAAGGUCAAGAAGCCUACCAAACCCAGGAAGCCCAGGCAGCCCAAGCAGCCCAAGAUUCCUAAGCAGAAACUUCCCCUUCCCAACUACCCACAAACCCCAGCAGUAGGCCCCGUACAGUCCAGGGUGGCCGCUGACCUCAUACAGAAACUACAGAUGGCCGGCACAACCAUCAGUCGGCCAGCAGUUUCACCACCCGGCCCGCAUAGCCCACCAGGGCCACCAGUCAAGCUUCCUAUAAAGAUCCUGCCCUAUCAGGGUGGGCCGUCUGCAGGCACAGUGUACAGCCGUGUUCCCAAGAAGGUGGAAAUAUUGGCCAAGAAGAUGCUGCCACAGUCGUCAUCCGUUUCUGUGCACUACAAGCCUGUGGGAGCCUCACAGCCAAUGGUCAUUCCAGGGACGUCCACCAUGAUCAUCCCCAAGAAGGCUCCGCAGCGGGGACGUCCCCUCAAGAACAGGCUCCCCACACAGAGAGCUGGCAGCCUGCCUAUCACGUACAAGGCCACAGUCAUCCCUCGGGUACAGAAGGGUUUUCCAAGUGACUCCCUUCCAGAGGUGCAGCAGAAGCAGCCCAGUGUGGAGAACUUUGCACAGGGUGGUGGCAAACGUGACAGCUCAGGUGAAAUCGUGUGCACCCCUGACCUGCAGAGCAUCCUGGCUUCUGUGGCAGCUUAUGAGAAUGCAACAGAAAAGGGUCAUCCUUCCACCAAUGCCAAAGUCAACACAACCAACACUACUACCUCCACCACCCACAAUGGUGUGUCAGCUGAGAUCCUCAAUGCUGAUCUGACACCUGAGGGAAUGGCCUCACCUCAGCCAGCUGCCCAAGACACAUCCUCAGGCACCUCCGACCAGCAGGAGCCAGCCCUCAGUCCACCCAUGUUACUAGACCAGACAGAAGAGAGCGUAACUAACGACAAGACCACGGAUGAUGAGAGCGAGAUGCCCACACUGGAGUCUUCCCACCAAGAGGAGUGUAGAGUGUCUGCUGAGAGGUCAGGAAGCUUCCACACAGCCACGCCACUCCAGAUCCCCAGCAGAGAGACAGUGACAGCAUUCAUUGAGAAAUUGGAGUCUGGGACUGUGGACCAUUCACCUGUGUGUUCCUCUUAUGAAGGAAACACAUCCCCACAUAGGCAGCAGUGCAGUUCACAGCCAGACCAGGAGACACAGCUACCACAGAUGAGUCCACAGCAGGAAUAUGAGACACAGCAACAGCAAUCCAGUCCACAGCCACAUUAUGAGGCACAGCAGCAGCACGUGACUUCACAACAGGAAUAUGAGCCACACCAGCAGCAGUCCAGUCCACAGCAAGAAUAUGAGGCACAGCAUCACAUGAGUUCACAGCAAGAAUAUGAGAUACAGCAAUGCCAGUCCAGUCCACAGCAAGAAUAUGAAGCUUACCAACAACAGACAAGUCCACAGCAAGAAUAUGAAGCUUACCAACAACAGACAAGUCCACAAGAGGAAUAUGAGGUACAACAACAGCAGCAGCAGCAACAGCAGUCCAGUCCACAGCAAGAAUAUGAAGCACAGCAACCACAUCAAGAGUAUGAGGCAGUACUAAGACCAGAUAUGGAAUCCUCACAUCACUUUCCGCCAGCAGAGGAGAGGGAAGGCGAGGAACAGCAGCAGAUGCAGCAAAACCCAGAUCUCUUAUCGCCACAGCAUCCAAUGCAGCACCACUCCCCAAGCCAGGAGAGCCAGUUCAUGAGUCCCCCACAGUAUCCACCCUUCACCCAGCCCCAGACCACCUCGCCCAUGCAUACUGAGGUGACAGUACCUACCUACCCUGCACCUUCACUUCCAAUCACCAUGCAGGCCCAGAUUGAUGAACUGCAGCAGUCACAAUCCCUCCCUCACACAGACCCUACCCCAGCUACCAUGGAGUCUCCAUUCCCAAUGCACCCUCAGCCACCUCUUGCCACAGCACCAAUUGCAUCCCAGUCCCCUCUAUCACACAUGGUGUCCCCAAUGCACUCAUCACUAACACCACCUCACUCACAGCUCAUCCCUCCAUCUGAGACACACUCCAUGGCACAUCUACAGCAGCUCCAUCCAUCCCUCCCUCUCUCAUCGCUUCACUCCAUGCACAUGUCCCCAGCUCUCCCCCAGCAGGCACACCACCUUAUAUCAUCCCAGAUACCCCAGCAGAGGUUCACCCACAGUCCCGAAUCUCAAGUUGCAUCAAGAUAGAGGAUGCCCCAAGUCAAUCAAAACCGUACAAAUUGCUAAUAGAUGUAAGAUGCUCUAGCUAGGUGAAUGUAUAGACUCUCAUAGGUGGUAAGUGUCCUGUGUAAGGGAUUAUUCUGCACACUGUUUCUUAGAUAGGUAGGUUAUGCUAAGGCUUUCAGAUUGAGUUGAGUUGUAGCUUCUUUUCUGUUGCAUUUCAAUUCAUCAAUCCACUACAGGAAGAACUAAUAAAUUACCCAUGGGAAGAUUAGAAAUUCUAAUUCAGCUGUGUCAUGAUAGCAGAUGUACACCAGAAGUGUCAUCAUAAUAAUUUGAAAGCCAGCUGGUGAUGAAAGAAAGAAAUGUGGAAAAAAAUAUAAUUUUUAGUGACUUUUACUGGAAGUGGUAAACAAAUUUAAAAAAGUAGCAUAUGAAGGAAACUUAUUGGAAAUGUUACUUGGGAAAAAAAAAAAAAAAAAUGAAUCAUGAAAAAUUGAACCAGAACCAUUAUUAAUAUCUCUAGUAAUGAAAAUACUAAUAAAAUGUUAAAACUCGUUUAUGAUGAAAAUUUGAACUGGAAAUGUUACUGAUAAAUAGAAAAUUGUAAUAUUUUUGAUGAAAUACUAAACCAAACCAGUAAUAUUAGUAUUGAAAUAUUGAAACGGCACUGUUAUCAAUGUCUCUAGUUGCCAUCUUUGCUCAGACCCAACACCAAGAGAUGCUCUGUGCCACGUGGAUGGCUGUGACGUAGCAGAGAGGGCAUUGCAGGUCACCCCAGACCAUCCCUGCCCAGACUGUCCUGAGGGAAGUGUAAAGACGAACGAUGCUCUUAUAACCAAAGGAACCUGCUACCUCGAGUCAGUCAGUAUAAUCUGUGCAAGGCUGAAGACUGCUGCUUCUUCCUGCUAGCGAUCUUAACUUUCUCUCCAGUAUUUUGAGACGUGGCAUUAAAAUAAAGGAAACAAAUAAAUUGAAUGAGGUACAAGUUUGAUACUAUUGUGUGUGCUUUGAUGUAUUUUUGCCAUCUUUUUUUCUUAAGGGAUUUGCUGUUUGAUACAUGAGGUUAGGUAAUGAUUUUGUGCUUUGUAUUGAGGAAGCAAACUUUUUGUGUUGGUGAAGCAGUAUGGAGGUUGAUGGGGUUGUUAGUAACCUUAAUCUGUGUAAUGAUCUCAUAAUAAGAGUAACAUUCUAUGGUAGUCUAUUUUUAUUUGCUCGUUUACUGAUUUGCUUAUGUUGAGAAGAGGUGGUACUUUGUCAACACUGAUACCUGGCUUGCACAUUUUGAUUUGUUGAAUGUACAUAAUAUAGGAGAAUAUCACUUCAUUCUCUGUCCAUAUCGAAGAUGCUAAUCACAAUCACCCAUCACGAAUUGCAAUGUAGAGUAAGGAAUCACUUUAUCAUAACUUAUAACAUUUUAACUUUUACAGAAGCACUAUUAUUGUUAAUAUUGUUAUCUUUAUUUAUACAUACAUAUAUCCCAGAUUAUGAACAAAUUUUUACAUUCACAACAUACAUGUACUCAUUCUCUUCUCUUUCUUUUUAGUUUAAUAUUCAAGAUUUUCAAGGAUUUAUGUUGUGUUAAGAUUUGUAUACAAGUCUUGUAGAGGAUAUUCUUGUACCUCUUUCCCUGACUUCAGCAGAACCAUGCCUCACCUGUGAAGCUCGGAGGAAUACAGUUUCUCUUUAGCUCACCACAGACAGCCUCAUAUCUUAUCUUGGUUGAACUGUUUGGCAUUGUGUCACUAUAUUUAAUUGUACACAAGUUGAGGAGUAACUGUACUCACAAGUGAAAAAAAACCUACCAAGUGCAGGGCAAUUAUAAUGUUGGUUAUUUAUUGGAAUUGUUCAAGUAAAUAGUUGUUUGAGUGAAAAAUUUCAAGAUCAUCUGAAAUUUGGGGGUUAAUUCAUUUUAGUUAUAUGUAGAAGUGGUGAGGAGGAAGCAUAAUGGUGUGUGUGUGUGUGUGUGUGUGUGUGUGUGUGUGUGUGUGUGUGUGUGUGUGUGUGUGUGUGUGUGUUAGGUCAGUCAGCAUUCACUGCCAAUCCUGAAAAUAAUGAACCCCCAUGAAAUAAAAGAUAGCUAAAAGAAUAGCCAUCAGGCCUACAUGUAGCAGUCCUGUUGUUCUGCUAGGAAAAAAAUACUGUAUAACAUGUCAGAAUCCUUGUUUCACCUCAUCAGUUAGGUUAAAGAUAUACUAUGAGAGUGUCCCACAAGGUGUAUGGAAAGCAAGGGAGGAAUGGUGGUUCUGGUGGUGGUGGUAAUAUCACCAACACGGGAGCAGAUGAGGCUGACAGGUGAGGCUGGCCCAUGUGAUACCAGGGCCUGUUAGUACUGCUGUUUGGUUCACAGAGUUUGCUGUUUGGUUGGCCAGUUGUGGUCUUAGCAUAUAAUUCUACCGUCUAGAUUAAGUAAUUGAUGCAAACAGUGAAUAUAAGACUAAGGAUAUGUUAUGACAAAUUUAUUAGUGGACUUUAUUUCUUUUCUUUAUUUAUUUGUAUGCUUGCAUUCACUGUACUAGUAAAGAUAUAUUAUUAAUGUUAUUUAUUGCCCAGAAACUAUUGGCAGAUUUCACAACCCACAAAUCUGUACAUAUUGAACCUGUCACGCAUUUCAUUGAAGAAUAAUCUUUACAAAA